GAACCGCCCCACUUUCGUAGCCAUUUUCGCUACGUAAAAACUGCAACGUUAGACUAGAUUCAUGACCGCCCAAGUUCAUAACGAUUUAUUUCUUCGCCGGUGUACAAAUGCCAUCGUCGUUUUAACAUACACUAGAUGACAUAACCAUUGGUACGAUCCGAAAUGAGCACGUUUUGGGGAGCAGAAGAAUGCGAAACUCACUUGCCAACACGGUAACUACGCGCAUGUGGAGUUCCCCAAAAGUAGACACGGCGGCAGCGCGGCCGGCGAUAGGACAGGUGCCGACAGGCGACGACGCUACCUUCGAGCAUCGGACGCACUGUGGGAACCGUAGGAUGCAAGCGCGCACACGCUACAAACAUACACGGGCCAGCUCCUUCAGCCGGCUGAUGGGCUGCUGCUGCUGCUGCUGCUGCGACCGCAACAACCAGGUUCACUCGGCGGGCGGCUUGGAGAGGCAGCGUUCGUGCACGGACGUUGGUUGGCUGCUCGUCUUCGCCGCUUUCAGCGCCGGCCUGGGGGCGCUGCUGAGCUGGGCCGUGCGCAAGGGCGGCGACCCGUGGCGGCUGCUCCACGGCGUGGACAGCGAGGGCAAUGUGUGCGGCCGCGGUGACCAGCAGCCGCUGCCGGGCGUGCCGGGCUCCGGUCAGAACACCACGGGACUCACGCUCCUGGUGCUGGAGGAUGCGCUGGGCCGCAAGCGACACUGUGCCGCCAGCUGCCCCCCGGGAUACAGGCAAACCGUGUUCCGAAGGUGCGUGCUGGACUCGGGUCCCGUGGCCCUCGUGCACCGCACACUCAACGCCAGCGGCGCGGUGAUCGAGGAGGUUGUGCAAGACCUGGCCACCUGCCGACGGGAGCUGGGCUACAUGGGCCUCGUGGCGAUAGGGCUCAGCGUGGCAGCACUGCUUCUGCUGCGCUACUGCGUGGCCCUACUCGUGUGGUUCCUCCUGGUGGCGGUGUCCCUGGGAUGCGUCGGAGGGACGUUCUACCUCUGGUUCUCGUGGAAUGCAAGGCGGCGUACCGUACAGCCGAACGCGGGAGCCUGGCUGGUGGCUGCCGUCGCGGGAACCACGGCCAUGGUGCUGUUGAUGCUCACGGUGCUAGUGCUACGCAAGCGAAUACAGCUGGUCACGGCUUUGUUCGGGGAGGCUGGGAAGGCGCUGACCGCCAUGCCUGGUCUACUACUGCAGCCCGCCUGGACGCUGUGCUUCUGCGCGGCGACGGCGGUGGCCGGCGCGGCGGCGAUGCUCGUGCUGCUCACGGCGGGCGACGCGGCGGUCGCCAGGGGCGCAGACGACGACAGCGGCGGUCACGUGACGGUGCUGCUGAAACGGGACUCGCUGCUUCGUCUCGGGCCCUGGUACCUGGCCCUGGUCGUGGGUUGGCUGCUCCAACUGGCUGUCAGCUGCCAAGAAGUCGUGGUGGCAGGCGCCGCGGCCGAUUGGUACUUCUGCAGGCCGGCGGCGGCCCGCCGGUGGGCGCAGUGCUCGAGCCUGUGGCGGCUGGUGCGCUACCACCUGGGCUCCGUGCUGCUCGGCUCGCUGCUGGUGGCCGCGGCGCGCGUGCUGAGGCUCGCCGGCCGCCGGUGCCGCCGGCCCGGCGCCCGCUGCUGCUGCUGCCUCGCCCCGUCGUGCGGCUGCGUCGCGGCGCUCAGGUUCCUCAACAGGAACGCCUUCGUCAUGCUCGCGGCCCGCGGCCACAGCCUGUGCCGGGCGGCGCGCGAGGCCUGGCAGCUGCUGUCGCGCAACGCCCUGCGCGUGGCGACCGUCAACUGCGUCGGCGACUUCGUGCUGCUGCUGGCCAAGGCUGCCGUAGUCGUCGGCACCACGCUCGCUGGACAAAAGCUCACUCAGGACAAGGUGGGCCACCUGCUCUGGGGCCAGUGGGUUCCCCUGACCGCGGGGGCCCUGGGCUCGUUCCUGGUGGCGCACUGCUUCCUCUCGGUGUACGAGAUGACGCUGGACACGCUGUUCCUGUGCUUCUGCCACCAGUGCGAGGAGAUCGGCCGCGGUGGUGUCGCCACGAUCGCAGUACCCGACGCACUCGCGAUCCCAGGGUCGUCGUCACCGCCCAUCUCGGGCACCAUCCCCGCACUUUAGCCGAGCCUGCACAACAGACCUGUCACCGUGGAGACGUCACCGCCGCGGCAGCAGCAGGACCCGUGGUGCAACGCGCGCCCUGAUGCAAGAUUCCAAGCCACGCCGCUCCACGAGCAGACGACGGCGCGCAACGCUCGAGCGCUGGCUUCCGAGACGACAGGCGCCGCCUCGCGGCAUGCAGCGAACGUGCGGGAAACAAUGGCGCCCAUUGAUGAUUCGGUGUGUGCAAGGCACUUAAGCUCCCGAAAAUUAAUUUGGAUAGUGCAUAAAAAGUAUACAGACGCUUUGCGGUGAUGCGUACGGAUUGACUAUAGCCAUCCGGGGCACUUAGGACCCCACACUUUUUACUGACUAAUGUCUAUACAUACUUUCUGCAAACAACGCAUUCGAAGCAGGACCACAAUAGACCAAAUGAUAUGUAUUUAACUACUUCUCUCUACAGGCAGCAUGUGUAGUUAGUUAUCCUCUAAAUCAAAAGGACUAGGUCACAUAACAAGCCAGAGCUGCCUAUAUGAUGUCUACAGACAAUCUACAUUCUAUAGACUAAGUUUAUUUUCAUAAAGGCCAGGUGAAACGCCUCAUUAAUAUUCGAGUCAAUGCGUAUAGGUUUAACCUUUCUUUGCGAGAAAAAAAGAAUGCAGCUGAUAUUGCGUUUAAUGCAGGUAUCUCUCAAGUAACAUAAAGUACAGGAGCGUUUCAACACUGAUCAGGCGUUGCCCCCAUAUGUGGACGAUUGGUUAAUCCUCUUCGUUGGAAACCUGUUGCAAAGACAAGUGUCCAAACGUUGAGAGCAGUCUCUUCGACAAGGAACCGCGCUCCUAGAAUUGGACAUGUUAUCCCCGAGGUUGCCGGCGCUUCAAGGAAAGGAUCAUGCGGGAGACCGAGCGACUGCCUCAUUACAUUUCCGCUCCGGUCUUGUCGAUGCAUGACAGUGCCGAGCAACAGACCGUUCCCGAAACGUUAUAUGAACCACUGCUCUUGCGUUGCGUCGCCCUGUUGAGGGCAACGAUGUGUUGUGCCACGUGCUCGUGGAGUCGGCGACUGCCGUUCUGCUGCCCGUGUAAAUAAAUGUAAAUAGAACUCGCUGCUGUAGUGGCGUGAUU